UCUGAGGGCAGAGAAGAAGAGGUGAACACAGCAUCUCAAGUAGAGGAUGAGACUUCUACAAGUUCAGAUGCAGACCAAGAACUCUCUAGCAACAAAAUAGUUUCAGGCAGCAAGAACCAUGAAGGCGAUUCUAGUGAAGGUGAUAUUUCAGCAGGAGAGCAGCCUGUCUGCGAGGGCACAGCCAUUAGGAGAAGGACAUUCGAAGCAACUUUCUUGGCAUCAUCGAACAAGCACAAAUUCUCAAAAGCUACCAGGAAUGACAUCCUUAAAUUUCUGGAAACAUUCAUUCCAAAACAAAACUUGCCCUCAUGUAAUUACAUGUUCGAGAAGCAGUUGAUUGAGGCAAUGGAUAUCCAUUACUCACAGUGUGAAUUGUUUGUCAAUUGCAGCAAUACCAGUAGGGAAGGAAAGUGUCCCAAGGGUAGCUGUGCACGUUAUGACCAGAGGCUCAAUGGUCAUGAAAUUGAAAUGUGCUAUUUCAUCCCAUCAAGGACCAACUUCAAAGAAUUCUAAGAGGUAAGUGUAUACUGAACAUAAAUCUAGAAGCAACAUUCUGUUAGGAGAUAAACUUUGUUUGUUUGUCUCACGAUAUAGUCACUUUUGAAGUUGAUGCCAACAUUGUGACCGCAAUACUGCUAGUCCUCAUCAGGCAAUGAGGUCGAUUAUUUACGUGUCGCUAUUUGUAGCACAUUCUGUUAAAUUCAAAUUUUGUCCCAAAAAUUUAUUUCCCAAAAGUACCCUCUGUUAAUGAGCCCUCAAAGAAGGUUAAGUAGACUCAUUACAAUAUCUGGAACGAAGCUUUGUUCUGUUUUGAAAUUUUAACAAGAGAAGUAAUCAGCAUAGAAUUUGAUAACUCUUUCUCUUUACACUGAUUUAUAUUUAAGCAUGUUCUUCUAUUACUCUACAGAACACAGGGGCAAAAUAAAGGACUUCAAAACCAAUCAUGUUCAUGACCAGGGAUUCUAGCAUGACAUAUACUGCGGUUCAGUUUAUCAGGGUACAGCUAA